CCUGGUCAAAAACAAUCAGCCUUUGGUGAGAAUGACCAGAGAAAGGAGUGGUAGGCAAAUCUAAGGCUUGUUUUUACUGACCUGCAAUUUAUCUCGUCGUACGUUGCUGGAGCCUGCCAUUCAAAUCAACUUGGCAACAAGACCAGAGCCGGCAGAGGGCUCCGUAGCCAUUGGGACACUUUAAGGCAAGCAGCACACUGUGGAUUUUUCUCAACUGGGGUACAAAUGGCUGAAAGCUUAGGUGGCUUGUUGGAAGGUCCUUGCGGUUACACAUCUGCCGACACGCCUGCAUCCAAAAGUGUUGUUGGACCCACCACAGUGCGCUGUCCAAACUUUCAUGGCAGUUGCCGGCAGAGCAAUGCAUUAUGGGAACAGAACCCGAGUUGUUCUGCGUCCUGUGCCUGUAGCUCAGUUUCAAUUGAUGAUGAAGAUGGCGUGGAAGAUAGUGACAAUGGUCAUAUUUUGCCUGAUAAUUUCCCCCGACUAUCUCCAUGGACAGCGUGCACUUAUCAAGAACGUUUUAGAAGAACCCGAACUGCUCCCCCCAGCCCGUUAAACUCUCAUCGAGUAAGAGAGGCCACCACAUGCUCCCAUGCAAGGAUGGCAAAUGAGGAAGGUCUGGAUGAGUUGCGCAGUACAUUACAGCAGGCAGCCGACUGCAUAGAGCGCAGUUCUGAAAACAUACAGCUGCUUGGUGAGAGAAUGCUCGAUGCUAGUGAUCGCAUGUCUGAGAGCAUGCAGGACAAUUCUCAGGCUAUGACGAUGCUAACGCAUGUGGUAGAGAAGCUUCAGGAGAUAGUCACGACUUCGGCACCUUCAGCAGUUACAAAAGCCCCAGUUAAUGCGGUUGCAAUAAAUGCAAGCACACUGGGUAACAGAUGGGGCAGAAUAUCACUCAGUGUUCCUGUCAGUCCAGCUAUGACCUCUUCUUCCCGCCGUUCAACCUGUUCAUCAUCUUCUUCAUCCGCCAUUACUCUGCUUGAACAGUCAGCUUUAUCAAGGGGGAGAUCUUUUAGCCACACCUCCAACCCUGUGUCACUUAAAGGCGCUGUGAAAACAAAGCCUUUACCAUCUUCGCCACACCUGAUGACCAAUGGCUCAUUAAUAUCCAGCCCUUCCCAGAAACAUAAAGAGAUCAGCAGCACAUUUGGGUGUCUCUCUGCCAAGAAGAGAAAGAAGAAAAGCAAGAAAUAGGAAUAAAGCCUCUUCUAUGUUUCAUUGGUUACUAAAAUCUUUUCAGAAUCUUCCUCAUCUUCGUCUCAGGCAUGAUCUUCUUUUAAAACUUUAUUAUGUGUGUGUCAUUAUGUCACCACCUUUCAUUUAGGUUACCAUGAUAUGACAUCAGUGCUUCUCCAAUCUUUUUGGACAAUGUUGGUUGUCAUACUUCAUCAAUGAGCAUCUUCCUCAUCUUCUCUUCGCGUAACACAUCAUCGUUCAGUUUUUUGUCAUUAAUAACAACCUUUUGCAUG